CGGGAGGAGCAGAGGAUGGUAACCACCAAUGCGUGGAUGCUUCCUGUAGACGGCAUCUGGCCAAGUGACCACGUAUUCAUCUCCACGCCGACCUUUAACUACACUACAAAGGACUACCAACGGUUUUUCAAAGACAUUGAUAAUGAGGAGGGCUGGUAUAUGUUGGAGGACACCAAGAACCUCACUAGUGAUCUCCACCCUCCUGGCGUCGAGGUAUGGUGUAUGUAUGGCAUGGGCCUUCCAACUGCCAUAACAAACAUCUACGACGAGGUCUUUCCCAACGGGGACCCAGUGGACUUUGUUUAUGCCGAUGGAGACGGCACGGUGGACACGUUCAGCAUGAGUCUAUGCAAACGCUGGGUGGGGAAGCAGGAGAAGCCCGUCCAUAUCACAGAGUUCAGAGGGCUGUUCCAUCUGGAUAUGGUGUUUCACGAAAAGGUGCUCAACCAAAUCCAGGACAUCCUGGAGGGCAAAUCGGACACACCCACAGAGGUUGAUGUCAGACCUCACACUGAAUAGAGGCGUUCAGGAGUUUGAAGCCAUUUACAGUGCUAGAGUCUCACGUAGGUGACUUUUGAGCCAGAUCAAACAUCAAGCUUAAAACAAAUAUCAGUACCGUCUCUUAUCUCAAGUAGGUACAACAGACCAAUCUGGACUUGGGGAGAAUCUAUCACUGGACCCCCCCCCCACCAGCAAAUAGUCCUGACCACUUUAUCUUAACUAAACGCUGCUGACUCAACAAUGUGGGUUUUUAACCCUGACCUGAUUAUUACUAAACUGAGGUCAUGUAUUUAGUUACCUUACGUCUGAAACUUGGUGGCAAUUAUGGAAAUAUAAUAAUCACAGUAAUUAAAAAUGUAGUAAGAAAUUUUUAUGAUGGUUUUAGUUUUCUUGUUUUCAUCUGUGUCCUCCUGUUACAUCAUCAUUAUCAUUUUAUUAUUUUCAUGCAUAAAGACCCAAUAAAUAUGAGACAUUU